AAGUGCAAGGGCCGAGAAGGCCUACCCCUCAUACAUACAUUCAUUCGUUCAUUCAUAACUCCUUGUUACAUGAACAUUUGACAUCCCACCUAGGCCACAUUCUCCUGUGCAGCACAAUAGAUCACUGCAGGUCGCGGUGCAAGGGCCGAGAAGGCCAACCCCUUAUACAUUCAACAUGUGGCCAGUGAUUCUGAGCUGGCGUUUGAAGAGUAUGGAUUUCGUCAAAGACAGCCCACUCACGUCUAACCAUACACCAAUCCCUAUAAAUUCACGAUUAAAAUGAUCUCUUCCCCAUAACAUCAAAGAAGAUAUUAUCCAUGUCUUCCACCCAAUAUUACUUGUCAUAUUAACAGCCGACUGCGUUUUCGAUACACCAAGAGGGUGGAUAUUUCUUGCAAGCGACUGCAUAGGAGAAACCUCGUUCUAAUGUGGGUGUACGCGUUAAAAAUGACACUGCGUGCUUUUAUUUACAAUUCUAUAUUAGAUAGUUAUGAAUAAAUACUUACAGAUAAAUCUAUGGACAGAUCGGUGCCAUGUAGAAGUAUAACCCUACACUGAACGACAUGUUUAUUAGGGACGAUCCGUUGUGAUCCAGAUUUGACUUGUGUUGAGGUUUUCUGUGCAUUAUGUGCUCUUCUCCACUCUUCUCCGACUCAAAAAUCUCAGCAUUUCGAAUGUGUCCGAGGCUUCGUAGGUGCACACUUACGUUACUAAUAUUAGCACAUUAAUAUAUGGCACAAUGUUCGAUUUACUAACUACAUAUUGUAAUAUUCAAAGCUAUAAAAAUUCAUCCCUAUGAAAUAUACCCUAAUCUGCUAAUCUGCAAACCUUCACGCCCAACUUCACACCGUAACACGGAACGAUGUUUACGAGCAUUAAGACCGCUACGGAUCGGCGACUCAGGCCAUUCAUCCUUAACCGCUUUUGAUCGCUAAUCUUUGCUUGGCGGGGGCGGGGUCUUUGGAUGUACCAAAUUACCAACAUUACAACUAUAAUUUUCCCGAGUAGAAACAAGUUAUAAUUGAGUAAACAAUGGCGGAAUCGUUGAAGCGAAGGGUUACAUGUGCCUCGGAUAAAAUAUUUCCUGGUUUAACUUAUUAUAAUUCUCACAAUGAGAAAGAAUUUAUCGCAUUAGGAACUGAAAUUGUUUCGAGCCUUCCUCUUCAAAUGUCAUUAUACUUCAAUGUUGUAUUCUUCCCAGUCUGGCUGGUAACAGUUGUAAUUAUGUUGCAAUUUAAGGUAAACCCUCAUUAUGAAUGUUUAAGCAACAUAUAUCGCUUCAUAGUUGUAACCGUUCUAAUUGCUGUGAUUGGCAUUGAGUGCCUACGUCUCUACAUGGGCUACUUGGGCAACCUCACAGAAAAAAUACCUGAACUAGCCGGCUUCUGGAUGCUAUCACUGCUUCUGCAAAUGCCUCUACAGCUGUUCUUGUUUGUGAAUGAAGAGACUGUGCCCUUACCAAUUGAACGUGUUGUCCAAGGAGUAAUGCUGUCAUUUUUAGCAGUACAAUUGGUUUCUGGAUUUUUUGCCCUCAGACAUGCUUCACAGCAUCAAGCCAACCGUUUCCAUAUUAUGCAGUUUCAAUCCAUACCUGAUUCAAGAAGUCUACCUGAUCUAGCACACAAGCUUGAUUGAAAUAUCCCUGCUGUAUAAAGUAUACACUAUAAAUAUCAAUAAAUACUUUUCACAAGUAAAAGAGAUA